GCCUUCAGUGACCAGCAGUACCUGCCUGCAGCAUGUCGUGCCACCAGCCGUCCAUCUUCAGUUGUCCAGUCUGACGUCAGACUGACCACCACUGACCAUCUUUGACCACCACAGACAAGCACUGACCACCGGUGGUAUGUGCCACCACCACACGACAUAGAAAAAUACAGCCACUGACCAGCGCUGAAUAUCAGUGGCAUGUGCCACCGCUACUCAACCUAAAACAGACAGCCACUGACCAUCACUGACAACACAUUAGCAUGUGUCACCGCCACACGACAUAGAAAAAAACAGCCACUGACCACCACAGACCAUCGAGAAGAUGUCGGGGUCCCUGCCCGAGAAUCACGUGACCCUCCUUCUCUUCUUCUCCCUCACUAUCUCCUUCCCCGCCGCCUUGUGCACCAUACAGAGCUGCCACGCCUGGCCAAUGACCCAGUUAGUCGACAAGGUCACUGACACGUGGCUUAUCCGCGAAGUGGACCUGGGGUCUUCCAAGUCCCGUCUGGACUGCGCUCGGCUGUGCGUGAGUAUGUUGGCGUGUACGAGUUUUAUGGUGAACCACUCCACGCGGCGGUGUCGGCUGCACGCGCAUCGACUCACGGAUCUCGACAUCUUCCGGCCUGACCUGGGAUUUGUGACGUAUGAGACGAGCAGAGCCCCUGGUGCAGUCGGCAGUAAAUGUACCACAGACAUCGAGUGUGCCAUGAAUAACUCGCUCUGUCUGUCAGGACAAUGCCAGUGCCAGGCCACUCACAGCUACUCCCCGAACUCUCGCUCCUGCGUCACAGAAUGCCCGGAGUACGGCCAGGAGUUCACGGUGUUCCCCAACAAUUACAUCACCGGAAACAACCUGCAGGUCUUCAUCGAGCCGGAAAUGAUCACACCGGAAGCGUGCGAGGCAGCGUGCCUGGCCUACACCUUGGACGUGUGUCGUUCGAUCGACCUGGACUACGAUCUACAGAUGUGCCUCGUCAGCAACGAGACAAGUUUCACAGCACCUGCCUCCUUUAUCUACUACGUGAAGAAUAUUUUUUACCAUCAGAGACAGUGCGCUUACCAGGACUAGAGAUCUAGAUGGCGAGGAUACUGUGCUGAGUGCCGAUUUGCAGUGCGGUCAAAAAAUACGUGGCGCAAUUCAUUAUGAAAUCUUCAUAUUAUGGUCGCUUUUAAGGACAAGCAGGCUAUCCCAGAUUUCGGGGGUUUCCAGAAAUCUUGACCUAC